AAUGUCCACAUGACCCUUUUUUUGUGACCAAAAAAUGUGCACUCCGCAUUCUGACCUGCGAAAGGCAGCAAUAUGCAACACAGCGUCUAGUCUGCCGAAAAUUCACACGAAGAAGGGGGUUUGUAGUUCUUCCUGUACAGUACUUUCUUAGCAGCUAGCUCCGUGGUUUUAGCAAGACGGUGGAAUGAACGUCAUGCUUCAUAUGAAAAUGUUAAAGGACAUUUUAAGUGUGUUUUGCACAAUUUGUCUUGUCACCAAGUUUACCACUGCAGCCCAAGACGGCUCUAAUGGGAAAAAGGACCAAGAGUGUUACAACUACGCUGGAGGACACGUCUACCCCGGAGAGGCUUUCCGUGUGCCCGUCUCCGAUCAUUCUUUGCACCUCAGCAAGGCAAAAAUUUCAAAGCCUGCACCUUACUUUGAGGGAUCAGCUGUCAUUGAUGGUAAGUUUAAGGAGCUCAAACUGUCGGACUACAAAGGGAAAUACCUCGUCUUCUUCUUCUACCCCCUGGACUUCACGUUUGUCUGCCCGACUGAGAUUAUUGCGUUCAGUGAUCGUGUGCACGAGUUCCGUGCCAUCAAUGCUGAAGUUGUUGCCUGCUCUGUCGACUCACAAUUCACACAUCUGGCAUGGAUCAACACACCCAGGAAGCAGGGGGGACUCGGACCAAUGAAAAUCCCUCUGCUGUCUGACCUCACACACCAGAUUUCCAAAGACUAUGGAGUCUUCCUGGAGGACGCAGGACAUACACUCAGGGGCCUGUUCAUCAUCGAUGACAAGGGCGUCCUGAGGCAGAUCACCAUGAAUGACCUCCCUGUGGGGCGCUCUGUAGACGAGACCCUGCGGCUUGUCCAAGCCUUCCAGUAUACUGACAAACACGGCGAAGUUUGCCCAGCAGGAUGGAAGCCAGGCAGUGACACAAUAAUCCCAGACCCAGCGGGCAAACUCAAGUACUUUGACAAGCUGAACUGACCCUCCCCUCUAAACACUUUGGUUUAAACUCAGAAUAAAAACAGUUUUGAUAA